AUGGAUUACGAUCCGAUGGUGAUGGAUGACGCCGAGUCCUUGGGACCGGUCGUCAAGAUCUCACAAGCGGACAGCACCCGAGUCAAGUUCGAGCUCUCUAACACCGAGCUUUGCUUCGCCAACUCCCUUCGUCGCGUCAUGCUUGCCGAAAUUCCCACGAUUGCCAUCGAUCUAGUCGAGAUCGAGGCCAACAGCUCCGUCCUGGCUGACGAGUUCAUUGCCCACCGCCUGGGCCUUAUCCCACUCAACGCCGAAGGAAUCGACCAACUUCUCUAUUCUCGAGACUGCGACUGCGACGAGUACUGUGAACAUUGCAGUGUGACCCUCAACCUUCACGCCAAGUGCACUGGCGACGACAUCAUGCAAGUCUGUGCUCGCGAUCUUGUUCCCGUUGGCGAUCGCGUCAACCAAGUUCUCGGCUCGCCUAUCAUCAACGAUCCCGAAGGGCAGGGUCCCCUUAUCCUCAAGCUCCGUCACGGCCAGGAGAUCAAGCUCCAGUGCAUUGCCAAGAAGGGUAUCGCAAAGGAGCAUUCCAAGUGGGCUCCAAGUGCCGCCAUCGGCUUCGAGUACGAUCCUCACAACAAGCUGCACCACCUCGACUUGUGGUACGAGCAGGAUCCCAAGAAGGAGUGGCCUCCUUCGGAGUACGCCGACUGGGAAGAGCCUCCCCAGGAGGGCGAGCCUUUCGACUACGAUGCCGUCAUCCAGCAGAAGCUGGCUGGACUGAUCCACGAACUUACCGAAACCGAUGGUGGUGAGAACGGAUACAACGGACCGCGCAGCCCAGGCUAUAACGAGGGUGGCGACAACUGGAACGACCAAGGAUCGUUCACGCCAUACGGAAACGGAGGAAACCAGAGCUCUUGGGGAGGUCAGGGCGGUGCAACGCCCUACGGAACGACUCCUUAUGGAGGCGGCGGAAAUUCUUGGUCUUGA